GUGCGGCGCUGAGAAUAUAUCUCAUCAAAAUUACCGUUUUUCAUCAAAUGAUCGAGUUCAAUAAUACGGGCUUGUGGUUCAGCAUCGGUGGUUUAGUGGUAAAAUUAGCCGUUGCCACUCCUCGCAGAGCAACUUCGGCUAGCCCCGGGUUCGAUUCCCGGCCGAUGCAUUCGUUCUUUUUGCUUUUUUUGCGAUCUUUUUGUCGCGUGUUUUGGCCUUUUUUUGCUUUCCUUCGGCUGCAUAGUGAUAGAUGGUUGAUGCGUAGGACGGCUUCUUACUAGUCAGUUAAUAUGGAGUAAUGAAUGCGGCUGUGGUCGAUGCAACUCUUUUUCGCAUCUCGCCUUUACUUGUUGUCUCAACAUCCGAGGCGCAGCUGCACCGCCACGCCUGUGCCACGCGCCUGCCUCGCGAUUGUCCCG